AUGAUUAGCGGUGUAGUGUGUAAACAAUUACAUAUUAAUGUGAAACAUAAUCCGGUGACAUUGAUGCUCCAUGAGGGAUUACAGCAAGCUUUUCAAUUAGAUGACAUAGCAUUAUUGGCUUUAAAAAAAACAUUAGACGAAGCGAGGAAACAACUUCAGAAAGACGUGAAACAGCAAAAAGUGAUGAAAUACACAGCAAAUGAAGAUGCAGAACGUGCGGUUGAUGCAAAAGAUACAGACAACGACAUUCAAUGA